AUGGCGAAGAGCGCGUAUGAGUACGUGCGAACCUUCGAGCAAGACGACAGGCUGUUGCCUGGCUGCUGGAUCGUCCUCAGAGUGGAUGGCAAAGGGUUCACAAGGUUCUGUGAGGAGCACAAGCUUGAAAAGCCAAAUGACGGCCGGGCCCUGGCCUUGAUGGACGCAUCCGCAGAGGCAGUGAUGCUUGCCUUCCCAGACGUGCGCCUGGCGUUUGGGGAGAGCGACGAGUACAGUUUCGUGCUGCCCCCCAGCACAAAAUUAUAUGGGCGUCGGGCCUCCAAACUCGUCUCGCUGGUGGUCUCCUGUUUCACGGCCACCUAUGUCAGGCGGUGGGCCGAGUUCCUGCCCGAAACGCCCCUGCUGUCCACCCCCAUGUUUGAUGGUCGGGCGGUGUGCUACCCCAACCUGGCCGUGCUGAGGGACUACCUGUCCUGGCGCCAGGUGGACACCCACAUAAACAACCUGUACAACGCCUGUUUCUGGGCCCUGGUGAAGGGCGGCAUGGAUCAGGCAGCUGCACACGAGAGACUCAAGGGCACGCUGAGCAGCCAUAAGAAUGAGCUGCUCUUCUCCGAGUACGGUAUCAACUACAAUGAGAUCCCCGCCCGCUUUCGCAAGGGCUCAACCCUCAUCCGCCAGCGGGCGGAAGUCAGGGUGAAGAAGCCAGAUGGGAGCUGGGGCGUGCGGGAAAAGUGGGUGCUGCAGGUCUUGCACGUCGACAUCAUUGGCAACCAGUUCUGGGAGGAGCACCCACACCUUGUGGAACCCUGA